AUGCAGUCUAUCCCGUACUCCUACUAUGAUGAGCCGGUCAUCGACCACUAUAAGCCAUCAACCGACAUCUGUUCCUCGGAUGUGACCUAUACUACUGUGGAAGGAAACACCUACGACUCGAUCUCGCAGGCACACAACGUUGACUCCGCUGCUCUGUUCAUGGGGAACGUUAACUUAAGACGUUGCAGCGAUAUUCCUGCAGGCACGAAGCUCUGUAUCCCGUUUACGUGCGACAAUAUCUACAUGAUCCAAUCAAACGAUACCUGUCUUUCUAUCGAGCAGUCCCAGAAGGUCGGAUAUCAGAAUGGCCCCACUCUGAAGAAGUACAACUCAUGGCUCAGCAACCAGUGCACAAAUCUGCAUAUGAAUAGCGACGUUGCCUAUGGACAUGCCAUUUGUCUUGGCCCGCAGGGAGGAAUCUCAAUAAGUUCCUAUCACUGA